AUGCAGCUCACGCUCAAGCUCGCUCUCGCAACCCUCUUCUAUGGCGUGGCCUAUGCGGCCAUCGUCUCGCUGCACUUCCCGGGUGUGAGCGAGACCCCGAACAUCGCGCUCACCGCGAGCAAGCUCGGCGUCGACUCGGCGGGGCACACCACAUGGGUCAUCGUCCCCGCCAAGUCCGCGAGCAGCACCUUCGGCGUCGACACUGCGCACCCCACCGAAGCCGUGACCGUCGUCGAAGACGCCUCAGAGAUCGUCUUCUCCUCCACGGUGGCGUUCCCCCAGACGAUCGGCGGGCUGGUCCUCUCGCUGCCCACGGACGCGCCGCAGACGCUCGUCGUCGGCGAGGACUGCAAGCUCGCCGCGGGCGGCUCGCAGGCGGUGUGCGCCGGGUCGGUGGUCUCGCCGGCGACGGCGACGGGGCUGUCCGUCGCGAGCUUCACGCUCCCCGCGGUGGUCGUGCCGGUGCAGGUCGACGACGCCGCGCUGUCGGGCGCGCCGCGGCGCAUCGCGGCGGGUGUGUUCGGGGUCGUCGCUGGGGUCGUGGCGGGCGCGCUCAUGCUGUGA